UGGAGUCCACACGGGACAGCAUUUUAGACAGCCCCGAGACGACGAAAUCGUUCCGCGCACUUUCUAAUCAAUCUCGAUGGCCUGCUGACAGAAUCUGCGCCUCAAGCUGAGCUGUGAUACAAAUCCCCAUUCAAAUACAAAUCACAACGGCACCGAAAACCUGAAAGUCGCCCUCAAUUUCAAUUGUUCGCUUAUUGUGCGUCGUUAGAAAAAUGCAUUCCGUGGUUUUGUUGGUUUUCUUAUGGAGUGGCCUGAUGGCACUCAGUUGGGCUGCAGUCACAACCCAGCCGCCUCCAUUAAUUCGGACUCUGAGUGCUGGAGGAGAUAUAGGACCUCAGUUUGAGGUGGAAAAACCCAAGGAACCCGAAGAUGCGGAAUUCUGGCACAAAGUGGGUCUGACGCAGUUGAAGAAGACCAUCAAGCAGGCCCAACGGGUGGACGAGAACUCCUACCUGAAGAAGGCCCGUAACAUCAUCGUCUUCAUUGGGGAUGGCAUGGGAGUGUCCACCAUCAGUGCUGGUCGCAUCUACAAGGGACAGUAUCUGAAGCACGGUCCUGGCGAGGAGGAAACUCUGGUCUUCGACGACUUCCCAAACACUGGAAUGGCCAAGACCUACAAUGUGGACAAACAGGUUCCGGACUCGGCGGGCACUGCCACGGCGAUCUUCUCGGGCUCGAAAACUCAUUACGGAGCCAUCGGAAUGGAUGCCACACGCUCAAAGAAGGAUUCCCAACAGGGCAGGGUUCAAAGCGUGAUGGAGUGGGCCCAAAAGGAGGGCAAGCGCACUGGUAUUGUCACCACCACCAGGAUCACCCAUGCAACGCCUGCCGCCACCUACGCCCACAUCUACGACAGAGAUUGGGAGUGCGAUACGGAAGUUCCGUCAGAAUCGGUGGGUAUUCAUGUUGAUAUAGCCCGUCAGUUGGUGGAAAAUGCUCCGGGAAAUCGUUUCAAUGUGAUCCUGGGAGGCGGAAUGUCGCCAAUGGGAAUCCUGAAUGCGUCAGAGGUGAGGACGACGAUUUUCGAAGGACCCACGGAAACCAUUUGCACUCGGGGUGAUAAUAGGAAUCUCCCUUCCGAGUGGCUUGCUCACCAUGCUAACGAUUCAGUGGCUCCAGCUCUGGUUCACAACCGCAAGGAUCUCCUAAAGGUGGAUGUCAAGAAAGUGGAUCACUUGAUGGGACUGUUCCGGAACAAUCAUAUUACCUACUCCAUAGCUAGGGAGGAGGGAGAACCUUCCCUGCAAGAAAUGACAGAGACAGCCUUGGGAGUUCUGGAAAGGGGGGAUGAAUCCAACGGUUAUGUACUUCUAGUGGAGGGAGGUCGCAUUGACCAAGGUCAUCAUAUGAACUAUGCCCGUGCCGCCCUCCAUGAGCUCUACGAAUUCGAUUUGGCGAUCCAAGCCGCUGUGAAUAAUACCGAUCCCGAGGAAACCUUGAUCCUGGUAACAGCAGAUCACUCCCAUGCGGUGACUUUCAAUGGUUAUGCCCUCCGAGGAGCUGACAUCCUGGGAGCAGCCAACUCGCAUGAGAAAAACGAUCCGAUGGUCUAUGAGACCAUCUCGUAUGCCAAUGGUCCUGGCUACUGGGAUCACUUAGCAAACGACUCAAGACCUCAAAACAGCUCUAAUAUGUGGAUGCCUCUGAAACAAUUCACCGAAGAAGAGCGCGCUGCUCCUACCUACCGUCAUUUGGCCACAGUUCCCAGAAAGGACGAAACCCAUGGCGGUGAGGAUGUGGCUGUCUUCGCCUAUGGACCGGGUUCCAGUUUGAUUCGCGGAGUCUUUGAGCAGAACUAUUUGGCCUACGUGAUGAGCUAUGCAGGCUGUCUGGGACCCGCAAAGGAUUUCGAUGAGUCCUGCGAGCAUUCCAAGGAUGAGGAAAAAGAUGACCCCCAGGACAAGUCCGAUCACGAAAAAAGUAGUGCCACCGCUUUGGGAGUCUCUUUGAUUUCCAUUUGGGCCGCUGCCACAGCGACUUUGCUACGCGGUCACAUGCUGUAAAUAAUGUUACUUAUUUCUAAUUAAUGAUUAUAGUCUUACGGUUUGUUAAGUUGAAUGUGCGAGAGCGAAAGGAUGGAGUGAUCGUUGCUGUUUGCCAAAUAGAUACAAUUAAAAAGUA